UGGUGCUUCUCUUGCCUUGCUCUCACCAGCCACGCCAUUCACCAAGCUGACUGCUGUUUUUGUUGCGCGCGAACUCAAAGAGCCUUUGGCAUGUCGCCUGCGCUAUCGCUCACAAUUUUCCUCUCGUAGUAUCAUCGUGGUUUACCCGCCGCACCUCCUCUCUCCUCAUCUCGCCUACUCCCUCACCCCAUCUCUCCGCCGCGUCUCUCCGCUUCGCAUUCCCCACGGCGCAUCUUUCGCUCCCCAUUCCCUAGCCCGUAGUCCCCUAGUCCCCUACCCGCGACCCCUCCGCCAUGUCGUGGUUCCGCUCGGCGCUGAGCAUCGGCGCGGAGGCCGCGAAUGCGGGUGGCAAGGCGGUGGGGACGGGGUUCGUGCGCGCGAGCUCGUUCGCGUCGUCCGUAGUGCAGCGCGCCGGCGACGCCGUGCUGCUGGCGGGCGACGCCGUGGAGCACGGCGCCAAGAUGGUGUACGAGCACGCCGAGCACGCCGUGGGCGGCACGUCCGCGCGGCAGCAUAACAGCUUCCGCCACGCGGUGCGGCGCAUAGAGGAGGUGGCGAUGCUGGCGCGCGGGGCGGAGCGCAAGGAGGCGCUGCUGCGCUGGCUGGGCGCGCUGGCGGACAUCAGCGCGGAGAGCGAGCAGGCGGAGCAGGGGGAGAAGGAGCUGGCGGCGCUGCAGCAGCUGGGGAUGGGGCUCGCGCUGGGGGGGGACGGCGCGGGGGGGGGUGGGAGCAACGGAGGAGGGGGGAAGGGGAAGAGUGAGUCAGAGGAAGGGGGGGCGGGAGAGGCAGUGGCGGCAGAUGAGGGCGCUGGGGAGGCGGGGGAGGUCGCAGAGGAGAGUGCAGCGGUGAACAAGGCCGAGGCGACUGGACCGCCUGCUGCCGCUCAUGGUGGUGGCGGUGGCGGUGGAGGUGGCGGUGCUGCUGCUGCUGCUGCUGCUGCUGCUGGCAGUGACGGCGGUGUGAGGGAGGGCGUGGCGCCCCCCUCCGCGUCACCGCAGCACCACCCUCUGCCCUCCCCGCGCACCCAGGCGAAGAUGUCUCGGGUGUUGUUCCACGACCCCAACGCGCCCCACCAGGCGCUCACCUUCCGCGAUGUCUUUCUCCACAGCCAGGCGCUGGAGAACGUGGUGGCGUCGCUGGUAAUGGACCCGGGUGAUGACGAGGAGUACUGGCUGCUCAGGAACCUCUUCAGGCUGUGCCUGUCGCUGCCGCACGAGGACCAGGACACGCUGCUCGCCACGCUGCACUCGCUCGCCCACGCCGCUGAGUCCUACGCUGAAGUCAAGCUGUCGGGCGACGAGUUGGAGCGGUUUGUGGCGGAGGCCAUCACGGGGCUGAAGGCCAGCCCCGAGGCGGAGCGCGUGGACGCCGAGGCGCGGCGCCUGGAGCGCGCUGUGGCGCAGGGGCUGGCCAUGGUGCAGGCCGCCAGUGCGCUGGAGGCAACUGACGAGGGCGAGGCGGCCGAAGGAGUUGGGGUGGAGGUGGAGGGGAGAAAAGGGGAGGAGGGUGGGGAAGGGGCAGGGGGAGAGCAAGCAGAGGGCGAGGAGGGGGUGGUGGAAGCGGAGAAAACGGAGGGGAAAGAGGGAGCAGCGGAGAGGGCUCUGGAGGCGGAGAGGGCGGUGGACGAGGUGCUGGCGGUGCAGGGGCAGGAGGUGCAGGCCGUACGCAGCCGGGAGGUGCUGCGCGCCGCACUGCGCCUGGUGGCUCUGGAGCGGAGGAGAGAGGCGCUGCUGCAGCAGGGGGACACGCCGGGGGACAGGGCGCUCAAGGUGGAGCGCGUGACGUCGCUGGCAGCGGAGCUGGGCGAGGGCGUGGCGGCGCUGAGGGCGCAGAUGGCGGAGUGCACGCAGCAGAGGGCCGACGCGCUGGCCUACCGCACCGCCAAGUCGCAGGAGGCUGCUGAUGCCGACUCUGUGGUGGACCGCGAGAUGGCGGCACUGCAGAAGAGAAAGGCCGAGCUGCAGGAGGAGCUGAGCAAGGUGCAGAGCGCGAUUGACAGUGUGAGUAAGAAGCAGGGGAAGGCGCGCGAGGAGAAGGAGCAGUUCAGCAUGGCGAGCAGCAGCAUCGUCAGCCACCUCACCGCCCAGGAGGCGCGGCUGAGUGCGUCGGUGGCGGAGCACGAGGGCGACAGCAGGGCGCUGGACGAGUGGCGCAAGUUCCUGCAGACCACGUGGCAGCUGCAGUCAGCUGCCGUGGAGGCGCAGGAGAAAAAACUCAAGGAGGAGGCAGCAGCCCGCAGGGACCGACUCUUUGCGGCUGCCACGUCGCAUCUGCACCUCUGCCAGUCCCAGGUGGAGUCGUGUUGGGGCAAGGCCAAGGCGCUGGCGGAGAAGCUCAGCAGCAUCCACGACAAGAGGGCGGCCAUGACGGCUGACGGCACGGACGCGGUGGUGGCGGACAUCUCGCUGCGCCGCAUCCACUGGGAGCAGAAGUUCAUCGCCGCUGAGAUGCAGGUGAGGCGGUGCAUGGGGGAGGCGGAGCUGGCGCUGAAGGAGGUGCGCGCGUGGAUGGACUCGCUGCCAUCGCCCUCCACCGAGGACGCCUCUCGGCUGCACUCGCUGCGUGUGCUGGGCCUGGAGCUCGACGCCCUCAUUGCUGACAUCCGCGCCGCACCGCGCCCCGUGCUCGCCAUCGACCACCCCUCCGUGCUGCGCGUGCCCCGCAUCGCCACACCCGCCGCCUCCGCCGCUGCAGCCCCUGCCCCCACAGCAGCACCUCCCCUGGGCGCCACCUUCCCCGCCGCUGUUGUCAUCGCCCCUGUGGGCAACCCCUCCGCCUCGGCAGCAGCAGGUGCACCUGCCGUAGGGGUGGCAGGGGCGCGCCGCCCCUUCAAGCCGUUGCUGCAGAUCGGAGGGGAUGCAGGAGGCGGCAUGGGCGGCGGGGCGCCGGAGUCGCCGGAGGACGGGGCGCCGAUGACCCCGUUUGUGAUCUCGGGGGGCAUGAGGCGGCCGCAGGGCGGUGGAUUCCGGGACGAGCAAGGGCGGCUGCGACGGCCUGGGAGGAAGCCGGGCGUGGCAUCCAUCGCAGAGGGGUUGGAGGGGACGGGUGCGGGGGACAAGGGGGGUGGGGAGGGGGGGCGAGGUAGCAGUGAGGGCGAGCAGGUGGAGGGGGUGGUGGCUGAUGGGGGCAAUGAGACAGGGGCAGCUGAGAAGGUUGAUGCUCAGGCUGAAGGGAAGGAAGGCAAUGAGGAUAGGAAGGAGGUUACUUGGUGACAAGGUUUUUGUACAACUAACAUGGGUUUUCCUAGCUUGUGGUCUUUUUGCAUUUACACCUUUUGCUUAAUUUCAUUAUUUAUUCUGUAACACAUUGUUAUUAUGCUAGCCGCCACACCCACAACAAGCUCUGAUUUACGUACCCUAUUUGCCCGGAUAU